AUCUCUUUCAAAACACGCGUUUAGGGAUAACCCUUUUCCCCAUUUUCCGUGUGAAUCUCGUGUUGAUCAUUGCUUACUCGUUCUGCAUCAUUUCUGUUUGUAAUUUUCGAAAUUUUAAGGAUACAAGUCGAAAAAGUUGUGUUUUUGGAAGUCACUUGCAGGUUUUCCAGCUGGAUUUGAAGAUAAAAGGGUUUGUGUCUUCUCUUGUAGUGUAUAAAUACAAAUAAAUAGACCUUCAAGGAACUCCUGAAAUAAAGGGUGAGGAGGUUAUAAUGGAUUACGAAAGUAAUAAUUGGAUGUGGGAGGGGAUGUAUUAUUAUCCCCAUUUGUUUGGUGGGAUAAUGUUAACUGCUGCUUUGCUUGGGUUAUCUACAAGCUAUUUUGGUGGGAUUAGUGUUCCUACUUUGCCAUAUUUGUUGCCUGGUUUUGGGAUCUUUCAUAAGAAGACACGCGGAAAGAAACCAGUUCGUGUUUAUAUGGAUGGUUGCUUUGAUCUCAUGCAUUAUGGCCAUGCAAAUGCGUUGAGGCAAGCGAAGGCUUUGGGAGAUGAACUGGUUGUUGGAGUUGUGAGUGAUGAGGAGAUUGUAGCCAAUAAGGGUCCUCCUGUCUUGUCAAUGGAGGAGAGGCUAGCCCUUGUAAGUGGUUUGAAGUGGGUGGAUGAAGUUAUUGUCAAGGCUCCUUAUGCAAUCACUGAAGAGUUUAUGAACCAGUUAUUCAACAAACAUAAAAUUGACUACAUCAUACACGGUGAUGAUCCUUGCUUGCUUCCAGAUGGAACUGAUGCUUAUGCUCUGGCUAAGAAAGUAGGUCGCUACAAGCAAAUCAAACGCACUGAAGGAGUCUCCAGCACAGAUAUUGUAGGGAGGAUACUUGCAUCUGCUAAGGCUGUUAAAGUUCUUGAAGAUGGCUUCAUAUUAUCUGACACUGAAAAAUCAAAUAAUACAAAAGAAAUCCCCAUCCAAGCAGGUCAGGCCAAGGUUGGCUAUGUAUCCCAAUUUCUUCCUACCUCCAGAAGAAUAGUUCAAUUUUCGAACGGCAAGGGACCUGGACCCAAUGACCGUGUGGUAUACAUUGAUGGAGCCUUUGAUCUUUUUCAUGCUGGCCAUGUCGAGAUUCUCAAGACUGCCAGGCAACUUGGAGAGUUCCUUUUAGUUGGUAUUUACUCGGACCAUACUGUUAGUGAACUUCGAGGAAGUCAUUUUCCACUUAUGAAUCUGCAUGAGCGUAGUCUUAGUGUGCUGUCUUGCCGCUAUGUGGAUGAGGUCAUCAUUGGUGCGCCAUGGGAAGUAACAAAUGACAUGAUCAAGACUUUCAACAUAUCUUUUGUUGUGCACGGGACAGUUGCUGAGAGCAGCUCUGCAUUGAAUGGAAAAUCUGAUCCAUAUGCAGUUCCCAAAAGCAUGGGAAUCUUUCGGGUGCUUGAGAGCCCAAAAACUAUCACUACAAGUUCAGUAGCCCAAAGGAUAAUUGCCAAUCAUGAAAUUUAUGUGAAACGGAAUGCAAAGAAAGAAGCAAGCGAGAAGAAAUACUAUGAAGAAAAGAAAUAUGUUUCGGGAGACUGAAGUAGCUUGAUCAUGUAGAUAGCUUCCUUUGACAGCUCCACGACAGGAGUGACACUGAUGCCAUUCACGAUAGAACUCAGGCCAUUUGCUCUUGAAGGGUAUGUAGAAGAGGGAAAAGAACAAGACAUAGAAAAGAAAAUUAGUUAGAAAAGCAGUAUACCAUUCCUGUUCCUGUAUUUAACAACUCUUAGAUUAGGGCGCAGUUCGUCAGCCAUCAACUACUAACCUUGGAUACAUUGCUACGUGAGUUAUGUAUAAUUUGAGAAAUGAAGUAUCCCAAUUAGUUGUAUUUCUUACGAAGGCAUAUCAUUAAAGUAGCAAUAUUUAUUUCCAUUGCUACUUGACUGUACCUGAAUGUUAAAUUAGUUCCCAGCGGUGGAGCAUAUAAUCAAAAUUUUUGCAGGAUGGAGUUGUGAUGUU